AUGGAUCACAGUCUGACCAUUGUGUUUUUUGGAAACUCUGCUGCAGUCCAGUUUCAACAUGACAAUUUUCUUCUUGGAGAAAUACAACCAAAUAUUGAAAAUGUUGCAAUAUCCAGGACUGUUCUUUUGCAGAUUAAGAAAUCAGGAUAUCGCGUCUCAGUGAUCAACCUGAUUGGCUUACAUGAAACUGCACUUGAUCUGGAUGCUCUCACUGAUAAACUAGUGAAUGAAAAUGACAUAAUUGCCUUCAUCUUUGUUGUGCGACUGGGCCAGUUAACAGAUGCUGAUAAGAUGGGUAUUGAGUGGCUUCAGAGUGUAUUUGGUGACAGAGUUCUUCAGUUUGUGAUGAUUCUCUUCACCUAUGAGAGCCAGGAAGAGUCUGACUCUAUAAUAGAUGAUCUGAAGAAAAACUCUGCUCUAGAGCGGCUGAUUGAGAAAUGUGGUGGAAGAUAUCAUACCUGCAGCAAGAGCAUGAGCAACCAGUCAGAGAUGACAGACCUGGUGAACAGGAUUGAGCAUCUGUUUACUGAUAAUAAACAGCAGUGCUACAAUAGUGAGAUGUACAACACAGCGUUGAGACAGAGAGAAGAUGUGCAAAACAGGACAUUUAAAAGUGACCAACCCACAAUUAUUGGAAAGACUAUGGACUGUACCUUGAUGACAGAGACAUGGCAGACACAUAGGAGAAACUUAGAGAAGUGUUCAUUCGAUGGGUCACGAUUAGAUCAUAACAGAAACGGAAGGAGGAAAGAAGUAGAGCAUCUAUUUCACAGACUUCAUCUUGAUAACAUACACCCCUCUAAACUAAGAGCUGCAGAUGUUCUUCAACUAACAACACAUUCAUUACAGUCCCAUGAGUCUUGUGCUGAUGAGAACCUCAUACAGACUUUCCUACAAAAAAUACUGAUGAUGAACUACAGAGCAAGGUACAUUAAAACAAUACAUGCGCAGCAUGACAGACAUCAAAGAAACAAUGACUUUUUAGAAUAUGAGAGUGAUGGUGAUAUUUUCCAAGAUGCAUCUUCAAUUCCUGAAGAAGCAAAAAGGAGAGAUGCUAUUCACCCGAUGGAUGUUCAGAUGGCUGUGUUUCAUUGUGCUGAUAGUUUCCUAAAACAGCUGAUGGUGACUAAACUGUCUCAGUGUCAGUACGCUCUGCCUCUGCUUGUUCCUGAUCCAUUCACACAAGAGAUUGAGUUUCCUCUCUGGACAUUCAGACAAAUCAACAAGAGCUGGAAGAUGAAAGAGCCCAACAAUGAAAUCAUCAGUAUAAUCCAGCCUGUCUGGAAGGCAGAAACACCUAUGGUGUUUUUCUUUAGGUUUGGCUCGGUGUCCUCAUCCAAAUCUCAGCUGAUGAACAAUCUAAUAAACGACAAACACAACACGUUCUUCCACAGGCAUUGCCCAGGCAGCAGCAAAACCAGACUACUAGUGGAUGGAGUGGUGGAGAUCGCCUGGUAUUGCCCCUCUAGGAAAGACAGAGAUAAAUUUACUCAGUGUAUUGCUUUCUGUAACCUUCAUGGUGAUGCAGAAAACAGUGCGAAACAGCUGCAGAUCCUCACUGAAAUGGCCUCAGUCAAUGUUGUUGUUCUACCACAACUUGAUCAGAAUGACAAGAACGCAAAGAAAAUUCAAAACCUGUACAAGGGCAGAAAGCCACUUAUAUGUCUUCUUACUGAGGAUGAAUCUAUAGUAACUGAAAUAAGAAAAGGAAAAUACAAAAUUGGAUUAAAAGAGAGAAAUCAGUCAGAUGUAUCUGAAGAACUCGAACAGGUUAUAAAUGGAUGUCUCUUGUUCUCAUCGCCAGAAUCAACUUCUGUUUUCAGUCUAGAAGAUGUGUCCAAACACACAGGUAUCAGAGUAGAUGAGAAACAUGAUCAUGACUGCAGAAGAGGAAAAGAAUCAGCCCAGAAGAUAAUGAGUUUAGCAAAAGAUAAAGAUCUGACAGAAAUCAAAGAAUCAUUUCUGCCCUGUCAGGGGAAACUGUGGCAUCAGUGGUGUGAAAAGAACAAAGAAUUACAUAGAUCUCAAGGAAAUGAAACAGACAUGGAAAAACAGAAACAAAACAUGAAGAAAAUCCGUGAAGAGCAGCAUGUGUUGGACAUUGGUGACUUCAUGAAGUUGUUUAUUACAGAAAUGGAUUCACAAUCUCCAAAUGAGAAGAUAUUUUUUCUUAAAUGGCUCGCAAUCCUCCUGGAUGAAUACACCUCAGCUGACCUUUCUACGACCAAUGAACAUGCAGAACUUGAAAGGAUAUCAAGAAAACUUCAAGCAGCAACCUUUGGCUUGGAGCACAUCCUGAGGGAGAUCGGUCAGAUCUAUGAAUCGUGUAAAUCAGUGAAUAAGAACAAAGAAGGUCUGCCAUGUAAUUUUUCUUCUCUCCCGAGUCUUGCAGCAGAGAUGAUGAUCUCUGGAUUUCCACUGGAGCUGAUGGAUGGAGAUGCUGCUCAUGUUCCUGUGGUCUGGGUUACUGCUGUUCUACAUGAACUCAUCAAGAAACUGGGAGACAAGAGAGUCUUUGUGUUGUCAGUUUUAGGGAUCCAGAGCUCUGGGAAAUCCACUAUGCUGAACGCCAUGUUUGGACUCCAGUUUGCUGUCAGUGCUGGCAGAUGCACCAGAGGAGCUUUCAUGCAGCUGGUCAGAGUCUCAGAGGAGAUGAAGAUAAAAGAACAGCUAAAGUUUGACUUCAUUCUGGUUGUUGAUACUGAGGGGCUUCGUGCUCUAGAACUGUCUGGAAGGUUAACAAGACAUCAGGACAAUGAAAUGGCCACAUUUGUUGUUGGUCUUGGUAAUUUAACAUUAAUCAACAUUCUUGGAGAAAGCCCAUCAGAGCUGCAGGAAAUUCUUCAGAUAGUUGUUCAGGCCUUCAUGAGGAUGAAGAAGGUCAGACUGAAUCCCAGCUGCAUGUUUGUUCAUCAGAAUGUUUCAGAAGUCACAGCUGGAGAGAAAAACAUGGAGGGAAGGAGACGACUGCAGGAGACACUGGAUGAAAUGACAAAACUUGCUGCUAAAGAUGAAGUUUUUGAUGCAGAAUGUUUCAAUGACAUCAUUACUUUUGAUGUUCGGAAAGAUGUGAAAUAUUUUGCACAGCUGUGGGAGGGAAGUCCACCAAUGGCACCACCAAACCCAUCAUACUGUGAAAACAUCCAAGAGCUAAAGACAACUUUUUUUAGCCAUGCCUCAAAUUCAGAUGGCUUAGAGCUGACACACCUAAAAGGCCGUAUUAAUGAUCUCUGGGAGGCUUUACUGAAUGAACGAUUUGUGUUCAGCUUCAGAAAUUCUCUGGAAAUUGCGACAUAUCGAAAAUUGGAGACAGAAUACAGCAAGUGGUCCUGGAGUCUCCGCAGAACCAUGCUGGAUAUAGAGAACAAACUCUACAUCAGCAUAGAAAAUGAAAGAAUUCAUGAGGUUUCAGAAAGUGAUCUUCAAGAAAAACUAGGAGUGAAAAGUGAAGAAGUAGAAGAAUCAAUGUCAGAAUUUUUUGAGAAAGACAAAGAUAAAGGUAUACUUAUACAGUGGAAAGCAUCAUUUUGUAUAAAAAUCAGUGGUCUUCAGGAAAACAUUGUGAGAGAAACAACUAGGAAAUUAAAUGAGAUUUUACAGCAGCGAGAUAUGAAGAAAAGGAUUGAUGCUCAGAAGACACGUUAUGAAAAUACUCUCUUGGAAAAGAGCAAAGAACUUGCAGUAAAACUCAAAGACAAAGCAAAUGAUGAAGCAAUCCUGAAAAAAGAGUUUGAUUCCUUUUGGAAAGAGUGUGUUAAUAAGAUUACUGCAGAAACUCCUCCAAUCAAAAACAUUGAUGUAUUAAAUGACAUGAAACAACUUCUUUGUCAUUAUGAAAGUGUCAGUCUAAAUGACUUGAAAAAGAGCAAGGAUAUUUUUUCUUUGCCACGGUAUUCAGAUUAUGUACAGAUAAAGAAACCCAAAGGAAUUUCAGAACAUGCUAAAAAUGCCUUCAGAUCAGCUAAACAGACAUUUAGUUACAUUGAGGCUGAAACCCAAAUUAAAGCCUUAGUCAAUGACAUUGCUCAACAUGCAGACAAAACGAUCAUGUCGUAUAACAUUGCAAAGAUGGGCUACAACAAAACCUACAUUCAGGAACUCGCAGAUUAUAUCAAAGACAGAGUAGUAAAUUAUGAGCAAGGUUUGAGGAACUAUGUGUUUAAGAAGCAAUUUUACAUGGAUUUGGUCAUUUCUAUCUGUAAGAGAGAAAACAAGGUAAUUACUGACCAACACAGAAGAUUCAGGGAAGCCAAUGAUCCUGUUUUCUAUUUUGAACAGAAGAGCGAAGAGUACUAUAGUAUUUUUCAGAAAUACUGUCAAGGUGCAACAUCAGCUGCCAUUUUUGGUGAGAUCAUCUGUCAGAAACUGAAAGAGCCCAUUCAAAAGAGUGUCUACAAAGAUACUGCCAGAGAUAUGACUAAUGAAAUUCAAAUAAACUGUGAAUCACUAAAUGGAAACAGAUCUAAACUAGAGAAGCACAUUCUCAAGAGGUUGGCAGAACAGGAGGAAUUUGAAAAGUACAUUACAUACUUUAAUUAUCCCAGAGACCACUUAAAGAGUUUUGUCAGAGAUGAAGUCAGUCAGUUCAUCACUGAUAAGUUUGAAGUGAGUGUUCGCCCCAAGAUGAAGGAGAACAUUGAACUCCUGCAACAGAAGAUCAUGGAAGCAGCUCAAAGAGCGACUACACUCGUCAACACGACCAGUGGAGAUGUUCAGAAGUGGUUGGAUAAUUUCACACUGCAGCUCUCAGAUGUGCUGAUAUUCUCUGUAAAGGACCUCAGUGGAGUGAGUCAUGAAGGUGUGGAUGAUUUCAACCUCCUAGAAGAUGUGAUAAGCAAAUUACUUGGUUUAGUAUCAUCUGAAAUACAACAUAAAUUCAGCACAGAGACAUUUCCAGUCAAUCUGGAAGAGAAGGACAGACCAGAUGAGAUUCUGAUUGAUCAUCUCUGUCAGUGCUGCUGGGUUCAGUGUCCGUUCUGUGCAGCCACCUGCACCAACACUGUAGAAAACCAUACUGGUGAUCACAGUGUUCCUUUCCAUCGAGUGGAUGGACUCACUGGAAGCUGUUAUGAUGAAACAGAGUGUCUCAGUGCAGAUUUUUGCACAACUUUAGUGAGAACUAGUCAAAUGUUCUAUACAGGCCAGUGGUUUCUGUGCAGAAAGUACAGAAAUGCAGGAAAUGUUUAUGCAGAGUGGAACAUCACUCCCGACUUCUCAGAGCUGCCGUACUGGAAGUGGUUUGUGUACAGAUUUCAGGAAGAUCUGGAAAAACACUUUGAGAAAAAAUUCCACAUGUGGGAUGAGAUUUCAUAUGAAUGGAGCCAAUACUCAAAAGAGCAAGCUAUUGAGAGUUUGGAUGAAUACAUCUAA